CUUCUUUUUUUCGCCUCCGUUUAACGAGCACGUUGCAAGAUGAAACAAAAUAGAAAUGUCAGUUCUUCUCGGCGUAAAAGUCGUAAAGCGCAUUUUACGGCUCCUUCCAGUGUUCGACGUAAGAUUUUAAGCGCUCCUUUAUCCAAGGAAUUAAGGCAGAAAUACAACGUACGCUCCAUGCCUAUCCGCAAAGACGACGAAGUGCAAAUUGUUCGUGGCCAUUACAAGGGCCAACAAGUUGGCCGUGUCCUGACCGUCUAUCGUAAGAAGUGGAUUGUUCAUAUCGAACGUAUACAACGUGAAAAAGCCAAUGGUAUGACAACCAAUGUCGGAAUUCAUCCUAGUAACGUGGAAAUUGUCAAAUUGAAGAUCGAUAAGGACAGGAAGGGUAUUUUAGAGAGGAAAAAUAGGGCUAGAUUGACCGAGAAAGGCAAAGGCAAACAUACUGAAGAAGAAGUUGCUAUGCAGACCGACUAGGCCAUGAAAGAGCCACUAAUCGUGAGAAAACAGAUAAUUUGUCGUUGGCUGACGAUGCAAUCGACGAAGUCUUUUUAUGUACAGCUUCUUACAAUGUGUUAAUCUAGUUUCCGUUUAAUAAACACAAUGUA